CAGUCCACACAGCUGUAACCUCCUAUCAGGCAAGCAGAUUUUUUUAACAGCAACUCACACACCACAUGUACUCUUAGAUGAGAGAACACGGCAUUGGCAGGCCACCAACAUAGUGUGUUUACUAUCCUUAAUUUGGAAAAGAGUUUUUGACAUCAUUGAUUAUGGUAUUGUGGCUCUUCAGAUCAGGAGGUUGCCUGGGACCUAAAGUAUAUUCCGAGGUACCAGAUGGUGGCUGGGGUUGGAUUGUGGCUUUGGCCUUUUUUGUUGUUGAGAUCUUCACUUAUGGAGUUAUUAAAAGCUUUGGCAUAUUCCUCAACGAUCUGAUGUGCGAGUUUAAUGAAACCAACAGUCGGGUUUCAUGGAUAAUCUCAAUAUGUGUGUUUGUAAUGACAUUUACAGCACCAUUGUCCACUGGGCUGAGCAACAGAUUUGGCUACCAGCCUGUUGUGAUUCUUGGAGGAUUCCUAACUUGCCUGGGAACAAUAUGCACUGCAUUCACCAGCUGCAUAAAUCAGAUUUACAUCACAAUCGGGAUAGUUUCAGGACUUGGUUACUGUUUGACAUUUCUCCCAACUGUCACCAUACUGUCCCAAUACUUCAGCAGACGUCGAUCUUUGGUCACUGCAGUGGCCUCCACAGGAGAAUCUUUUGCCAUAUUUGCUUUUGGACCAGCGUUUACUGCACUUAAGACACAUAUUGGCUGGAGAUACACAAUGGUGGUGCUUGGCAUGUUACAGGGUACCAUCCUUGUCUGUGGACUUCUGCUUCGCCCCAUGAUCAUCAAGAUAGAAACUACAGAAUGUUUAACCAAACCUCUGAGAAAGCAGGAAUUUGAGAACUCUAUCACUGAUACUGAAUUCAGUGGCUCAGUGAGCUCCAGAGGCUUGGUUGUGCAGUCAUCUGAAAAUUUGGAAGGGGGACUCCAAACAGAGGGACAACAAAAAGAUGGAGACACAUUUCAGACUGCUCAAUGUGAAAAGGAUACAAAACGUUUGGGCAGAAACAAGCUCCUUGACCUUUCUGUGUUAAAGGAAGGCAGCUUCUUAUGUUAUGCUGCAUUUGGUCUUUUUGCAACACUGGGCUUCUUUGCCCCACAUCUAUAUGUGGUGGAGUUCAGUGUGAGUAUGGGAACUGAAAGGGACAAAGCAGCCUACAUGCUGUCAAUAAUGGCGGUGGCCGAGAUCUUUGGACGUCUCUCCAUUGGCUGGAUAAUGAGCUGUGGCUGCAUUAGGAAGAUAUUUGUCCUACUUGGAUGUGUGUUUCUGAUAUGUCUAGUGUUAAUGAUCUUCACAGUAGUAGAAGGUUUCUGGGGCCUGGCUGUCUGCUGUGUCUUAUAUGGUUUUCUGUUAGGCAAUAUUGCAUCCACACAUAUCCCCAUGCUGGCAGAGGAUGACGUAGUAGGCAUAGACAGAAUGUCAUUAGCUGUAGGUGUCUAUGUGUGCAUCCAGAGCGUUGCAGGACUUGCUGGGCCACCUUUAGGAGGUUUUUUGGUGGACAUCACACAGAAUUAUAGCUCUGCCUUUUACUCCUGUGCUGCUGGUACAGGGAUAGGUGCACUCUUUCUUGGACUGGUACGUCCAGUAAAGACAGGUUUUCUGUGCCCAAAAAAAAAGAUCAGCACUUGCCAAAACAGCCUUUGAUGCUGAGCAAAGGUCAGCAUAAAGUCAUGCCUGAGGAAUUUCUAGAGGUGGCAUUCUACAUAACUCACAAGGUUAAUCUUCUAUUCUCUUUGAGCUUGCGACUGGCAAAUGUGUGGAUGUCUGAACAUGGAACAGUAUCAAGCUGCAUAUC